AUGCGGAAGGUCCAGCAGCAGACGGUCAUUCGUCUAGCCCGACCUGGCAGACUUCACGCAACGCAGGCUGUUCUACCGGAAUGUACAGCUCGGGAUGUACAGCUCCGUACGGCCAUGGAACUUGCCACAGACGUCAUUGCCCUCGUCGGAUUCGACGCCCUCGAGACCCGCUUCCCCUUCCGCCGCCCAUUCGAGUUAAAGACAGCAAGAUCAGCGCCAUGGCAGCGACAUGAAACAAAUCGGCGCGGUGGCAGGCAUACGGGGGCAAAAAAUGAGUGUACAGCGCCAGGGGCUGAGCUGGCAGGCUUGGUGUUGGCACUGCGGAUGACGGAGGAGCGCGCCUGGCACUUCUUGGAGAUCUGGGCGUACAACCAAGGCGCGAUGCGGACGCUACAGUCCCCCGGGAUAGUUAUCAACCUGCUGGCAAAACGCCGCAGGCAGAAGAGCGUCACGGCGUUCCACUUGAUCCCAGCCCAUCUCGACAUCAUCCGCAACGGAUUUGCCGACGACGUGGUCAAGCAGGCCAGCGGCUGGCGCCCCAAUAAGCGACCCACCGACGCGGCAGCACGACUCGCCGACACCACCUUACACUCUUUGAUCCACCAUCAUCGCAGCCCUCGCCGCGCCUAUCGGCCGGUGAUGCGUCUCCCCAGCUACCUCCUGCGUCCAGCCGACCACCUACACUACUUCUCUCGUCGUUGCGGCGUCUUUCGAUCGGCGACACGCCUCCACGAACUCGGCCGCAUACACCUAUCCAUCCUCUAUCCCAAUCGUCCCCACCCCCAUCCGUCACCGAGCAGUGGGACACUGGGACCGAGCCUACCACUCUCGAACCUCCGCCCCUCGACCUAUUGGACACUCACAUACUCUGGAGACCGGCGCUGGCGUCUGGGGAUUGGGCACUCCAUGCACAUCAAAGACGACAUCUGCCGCCGUUGCCGGCAUGCCGACACAAACCAGGACAUCUUCCUAUUCAGCGAGAUCAAAAAUAUGCAGCCCGAUCCUAUGUCAGACCUACCGCCUUUGACCCAGACUGAAGAGAUGCUGAUCUCACGCGUCCACGUAUUCAUCGAGGUCCGGCAACACCUCCUGAAAUAUAAGGACGGCCGAUUCGGGUGUCAUCCCCGCUUUCGGUAUGUCGCCUUCAACACCCUGAUGCGACCCCACGCGUCCGCUCGCUCUGGCUUCUAUGUCAAGCAGCGAGGCCAGCAGCAUGAUGAUGCUCUGCUCCGGUCGAUCAUCCGCUUCUCCGGUACUCUCCGCGAUACUCGCCCCUUCUGGGGGGUCCAUAUCAACGGUAUGAACCCUAGCCCCAACACCGGCCCCCUAUCCCGACCGAAAGGCCCGCGAUUCAGCUAUCCGCCGAGGAGCAGACCAAUACGAUCGGCCACCUAUCCUGUAUCGUCAAUCGCGUACAGCGGCACAAGUGCUCUGCGCGAUAUUGCCUUCGAUGAAGCUACUCUCGGCAAACCUAUCAGCUCAUCCUAUUACCGGCUGUUCCCUCAACGAAACGACGCCUAUCUGAAUGCCUACAACCGACUUAUCACCCUUCUCGAAUACCUCGCCAAAUACAUCACCAAGACCGAGACCAAGACCGAUUCCUACCAGACCAUGAUGAGAGGUCUCAUCGGUAGCCUGAACCGACAGCAUCCUCUCCUCUCCGCCGUGAAUAAGCCUAUGAAUGCGUUGGUCGGCGAAUGCGAUUGGUCUGCGCAGGAGGUCUGCCAUAUUCUUCUCGAUAUCCCUCUCCAGCAUGGCAGUCGUCCUGUCAUGGUCGUCGACUGCCGGCCUCCGUCCGACCAGAGUAUUCCGUUUGUCAUUAUGGAGCAAGAAGGCGAGACCUCGGCCGUUCGGCGCGGUCAGUCGCUUCUGCAGAAGUAUCAAAGUCGCAUCCAAUCCCUGGACAGUGCUACUUAUCUAGAGUUUCUUCGUCGGUGCGAUCGUAAGCGCCGAUCGGCGUCCGUUCGGCAGCGCGACCGCGUGUUUAGCUUCUACCCAGUAUACGAUCCCGAGCGAGACCCCGAAAACUUUGGCCGAGUAAAAGUCAUGCCUCAUCAUCCUUUUCGGUCCCUCACUGAUCUCCUUUCACUUGACGGUCAGCUAUUCGAAUCGUUCGCCGCCGCCGCCUUCAACUACUACGCCCAGGCCCAUAUUCACGAGCCCGACCCAUAUGGUGAGGUAGACAACCCUCUCCCCGAGCAGCUCUUUGAGGAAAUCGACCUGGAUGAUGAUGAUGAUGACGACGACGACGUGACGCCGUCCUGGGAGCUACUGGCACGCCAGCUACCACGAGAGGACGAUAACCUUAUCCGCGUCGAGGACCCGGAUCUCCUGGGCGAGCGCGAUAUUGACCGCGAGUAUGAUUGGACCCGGCAUAUCGGUAAAUACCCAGAUAUUGACCCCGAUUACUGGCGACAGAUGAAGGCGCAGUAUCCAGCCGACCUCGCCGGUAGGUCCGACGCCUCUGUCGCGGACCUGAAUGAGAAACAGCGCCAGCUAUACGAUAUCAUCAUCGACCACUAUCGGCAAGUCCUCGCUGUCUCCCCCGAUCGAGAUCCUAUGCCAUCUUACCUAUCGGAUCUUCUUUAUCCCCCGUCGCCAUUCUACCCUAUCUAUCCAGCCCAGCUACUUAUCAACCUCGACGGCAAGGCGGGCACCGGCAAGUCCUUCGUAAUCAUGCUCAUCUCCGCUACCCUCGAUCGGAUGGCAGAGGCCGCCGGCGAGUAUGCGAAGCUGACCCCGGAAAACCUCAGCUCACUACAGGCGACCUUUCGCGGCGUACACUACAUGAUCAUCGAUGAGAAGUCGAUGAUUGGCUUACGCCAGAUCUUUUGGAUCGACCAUCGCGGCCGGGAGAUCUGCCCGAGGUGCGGCGAUCAACCGUUCGGCGGGCUCAAUAUCGUCCUGGCAGGGGACUACUUCCAGUUCCCCCCAGUCCUCCAGCGCCCGCUCUAUUUCAACGAGCCGUUGUCCCAUGACUUCGACCUACGGGGACGGGUCUUCUACCAUGGUUUUAAGACUACUAUCGAGCUAGCGACUAUUUUCCGCCGGGAAGGUAAUGACCCGACCUCAGUUGCCUUUCGUGACGCGUUGAAUCAUCUCCGCGAGGAGUGCCUAUCGGCCGAUAAUUGGAAGCUUCUCACGUCGCGUAUCCAAAACAACAUCCCUUCGGAGAUCCCUCGCUUCGCCGAUACGACCCGGAUUUACCCCAAGCGAGAGCAAGUCCGCCAGUAUAACCACAAUCGGCUCCGCGACCUACAGCAACCGGUUCUCCGGGUGACCGCGACACACACUGGGCUGAAAGCAGACGAGGCGUCUACCGACGAAGCAGGCAACCCACUGAAAGAGCUCCAUAUCUCGAUCGGCUGCCGCGUCAUGCUGACGGAGAACGUCUGGACCGAGCAAGGGUUGGUGAAUGGCGCGUUCGGUACGGUAAGGGACAUCGUCUGGCCAGCCUCUACUGUCGAUCAUGCUCAAGAACAACUGUCCGCGCUCUUGAUCGAGUUCGACAACUACACUGGGCCUACCUUUCGGUCGGAGCCACGCUAUAUCCCUAUCCUUCCGUACAAGCGCGAGUAUUCCUAUGGCAAUAUCACCUGCACCCGUACCCAGUUCCCCCUGACCCUAGCGUAUGGCAUCACCAUCCACAAGUCGCAAGGCCUAACGGUCAACCAGGCUGUCCUCAAUAUCUCGGCCCCCGAUUUCGCUGCAGGACUGAGCUACGUCGCAGUCUCGCGGGUCAAGAGGCUCGACGGCAUCCUCUUUGAGGAGCCCUUUGAUUACGAGUGCUUUCGGCGAACCCGCCUCUCGGCGACGAUGAAGAUGAGAAUGGCUGAUCGGGAGCGUAGGGAGUCCCAGCACUACGAGCCCGUCGAUCUGCCUCCUAUAUCGUCGAUCCGCCGGCCGACGUUCUCAUCUCGCAUCCCGAUUCGAUCCUCCCCGAUCCCAACAUCCUCAUCCCGAUGGUCUACCCCGCGACGCGAUAGGAACGGCCGAUAG